GUCAUGUCUUCUCUUUAUCUCAUAUGUCUAUGGAUUAUUAACGUUGAUGUGUUGAUAUGUAUUAGUUAAUCAUUCUGUUUGGUUCUCGUAAAUCCAGUUUCGUAUUUUAUUUAUUUCUUUGAACACAAAUAUUGGUACAAGAGGGCACCAAAUAUGUAUGCGCCACACAAAACAAUGAGAAUUCGAAGAGAGAAAAAGAAGAAAAAAACAAUAACGAACAGAUUGGUGUAAGAUAGUGUAAUGAGAAUAAUAAUAGUAAUAAUGGGGGAAACGGAAGGGUACAACCAGAAGAAUUCUUUCAGUUAAGGAAGAAACAAACAAUUUUAUUUGUGAAGAAAGUAAAAGAAGGUUACAGCAGGAUCACCAUUGGCUCCUAUUCUGAGCCAGAUCUGGUAACGUCUCUAGCCACUGUGUUGCACCAUCUCUCGGACCCCAACCAGGGAGUUGUGAAGGACCAACAGAAGUCAGCCGAACCUCUGCAUUAGUAACAUGGUGUUACCACUGGAUGUCAGCAAUCCUUCGGAGACAACGAUGAUCGAAUACAGAGAGUCGUUUAACGUCCUCAACUCGGAGAGGCCAGGUUUCACAAGCAUAGAGCGGAACUGCUCUCACCGACGCGUUGUAGAUCCGACCUUUUACAACCAGACUGACAUUAUGAAGACGCCAAAGAUGGUCCAGAUUGGCAUAAGCCGCUCUGGCUUUCACCAUACGUGCAUUGGUCUCAUCACUCACGCCACCACCAGCACCUGUGCAGCUACCUAGAUACACGAACUUCUCGACUACUUCUAUCUGCUCACCAUCCAGGGUGAGUAGAGGAUUACAGUCCUGCCAGUCUUGUAGAAGUACUUUGCACUUCGAAGGUGCAAAGCUCAUACCAUACCUACGGACACUGAUUGCCAACUGAUUAAGUGUGGAUUGUAUGGCUUGGGCAUUAUCGCACAGUAAGACAAUACCAUCGCAUAUUCAAGGUCGAGAAGUCUUUCUCCAGGCAACAGAUCCACACCGCCAUUACUUACAUCCAUCAGAGCUGUUUCCAGAAUGUUAUCGAUGGCAAGGUUGAAGAGGAAUGUUGAGAUUGGGCAAUUCUGUCUAACCCCACUGCUUGAAUGGGACAAUGGAGAGAGGUGGUUGUAUGCCCUCACUCUACCCGAGGUGUUUGUAUAUAGGGCUUUUAGGAUGUUAGUAAACUUCUCAGGCACACCCUUCUUCAAUAGAUAAUCCCAGAGAACAGUCCUAUCCAAUUAUUUUCCAUAAAAUUUGAAAGGAUUCAGAGUUGAACAUUAAAUUUUUUUUCAAAUAUUUGUACUAACAUGCAAACUUGAAAAAAGAUUUUUAUUUUAUUUUGAUAAUGUUAAUUAUUCAGAAAUGCUAAGUGACCGCUUAACUAACAUAUUAUCAUUAUGUUUAAAGUUAUACUGCGAAGUACACUGUUUAUAUUAAUGAGUUAUGAGUAUCCAAGCCCUACUACUCACAAACUACGUGCGAAAAAUCGAUUAUCUUGUUAAAGUUGGUCGUAUUGGUUGCCUAUUUACUAUAACCUCACAAAUUCAUAUUUUUGGAUAUUUUAUGUAUAUCUAAUACUAUUAUUGUUUCCUUGUUGAUCUACACCACCUUUUUACUUUUGUUAACUUGUUUUAUUAUUCACAUGACUUAGUCAUAGAAAGUGUUUAUAAGUGCUUUUUCACAAUAACUUCAGUAUAAUUAAGUUGUGAUUAACAAUUAAUAAUACUUGCAUGUGUUAAAUGCAAUGUUUACGAGAAAUUCAACCAGAAUAAGUCAUAGGAUAAUACUUUCCUUCUCGAUCAUUGAAAACUUCACCCUUAAAACUGACUCACUAGCAUCCUUGGUGAUUACUUAGAAGAAUUUUCAGAUUUUUUGUUAUAAAUACUCAUACUUUUUACGCUUUAAAAUCUUCGGUCGGGACUACAAUGAACUUAUGUCUUUUUUCUUCGUCUUAAUUGUUGGGACGGAAUUAAGAGUUAUUAUUGGGGUAUCGUGCUUAUUUCAGUAGUGUUUUAUGUUAUCACGUUAAAUUUUCAAAUCAUUUAUUCGAGUUAUUCGCAUGAUAGUUUACGUAUAGAAUGUAAUUUUUAACUAAUGAAACACCGUCCACACCACUGACUCAAAUUCAAUACAGCCGAAUUUCAGGAAAAUACGAUUUACAUACUGUUGCACUAUCUUAAUAAUCAUUACCUUAAAUAAAUAGAUUAUUGCUUCUUUUUGAGCGAAAAAAAUAUAAGACUUAUCACACCCAAACAUCAUAUCAAAGUUAAUCUAUUAAUAAAAAUAUGGUGGAUAACAAUCUAAAUUCGUUCAUUGUUACAAUCCUAAUUGUCACAUUUUUAGGCAUCACCUACACUAUCACAUAAAUUGUAGAUAAAGUUAGGAGAAAGUAAUUCUAUGAUGUAAAGAUUGAAGACAAUUUACAAAUCUAUUGAUAAACACACACUUUGCUAACGAGUUCCAAAUAUUACGAAACCCAGGAUCAAGAUUUCCUGUCGACUAUCUCCAACCACUGUCUUGCAUCUCAACACCGUACAUGCGAUGUUGAGUCACUUAGACUAGUGGCCGCAUUGCAACUUAAUCGAUAGAAUUCAAUCUGCACUACGAACGACCUGAUACACAUGGGAUUAUUAACAAUUAAUCAAUCAAUCGUAAAUUAGAACUCUGUCAAACACUUAAUAAUAAGCGUAUAUUGUAUUUACAAUAUUCCUUUCUUUUGUUGAAUUAGCAACAUAUUUUUAUAUUCGCAUUCUUUCUGAAAGCCUUAUUCCUCGUAUAUUCUGCUAAAAGAGAAUGUAGCUCAAAAUUAUGCAUCCAUCAGAUAUAAUCCGCAGGUUUAUUCAUAUUUUGUUGUCAAAGUUGUGAUAAUAGACACGGAGUGUUGUUUGUUGAUAUUCCUCUUGAAUUCAAAUUCACUUUUCCAAGUCUAAAAGUUAUAGGAGUUGGAAAUUUUAACAAAUCUACCAGAAAAGUCUUAUUCUAGCACUACCCUUUUUUCAGUUUUUUAAAGUUUAUUAUAUUCACAUUUUUAGAAACUAUCUGAUGAUAAUUUGGAUGAAGAACCUCUUGCCUACUGUGACUACCAUGAUAAACUACAUCCUGAUAGCACGUUGUUGAACAAAUUAUCCGGGCAAAUUAUAGAAAAUACAGUUAAUAGAUCAAAUGGUCCUUAUGCAAAUCCAUGGAAAGCAUCUUUAUCUAUGUCACCUAGUAGUGUUUCACUUCAAUCUGUGCCAAGUAUUCCUCCAUCUGAAACUAAACCAACAAAUGUUUUACAUUCUCAUUCAUCCCUAACAUCAUUUAAUCAGUCAGAUGUUCCAAAUAAUCAAGCUAUUCACCAAACACGUACUAAUGGUUUACGUAAUCUAGGGAAUACGUGUUAUAUAAAUUCUGUAGUACAAAGUCUGUCUCAUACUAGAGCAUUAGUUCAUUACUUUCUGGAUGGUUUUCAUGAACGUCAAGCUGUCGUGUCAAAUCGUCUUGGUUAUGGUGGUGAAAUUGUAAAACAUUUUGAAAUGCUACUCUCAGCGUUGUAUAACCAACCUAAUCAGGAUGCUGAAUUGUAUAAAUUUAGGGUAAGUAAAAAAAUUGUUUAUUAUCUAAUGUAUUCUAUGUCUAUUUGCUUAUUGUAGGUAGUUUUCUUUUCAUACACUUUUUUGUUUGUUUAAAAUAAUAAUAACUAGCAAGGAUCCGUUCACAUUUAGUCAUAGAGUAGUUAGACUAUUUCCUCUUACUUUUUGUUGUUGAUCGAUUAAUGUCAUCAUUCAAGUAUGGAUGUGAAUCUCACCAAUAGUCACUUGAAAACAGUGUAAGACUAGACAUAGUUGUACAUCCCAAGUUUCCACAUUUUGAUUGGCAAACAAAAAGAAAAGUAAUAAAACCGAGAAGAGUUAGUGAAAAGUUAAACACUUGGAAAUUUAAUCACAAUUAUAGCACUAGAUUAGUACAAUGUCCUUACUACUCAUUGAAGCACGUUGGUCUAUUACGGGUGACCGCAAGUUUGACCACGAACGAAGAUUAUUACUUAAUGAAAUUGUGCAAAGUUUACAUAAAGACCGAGAGGUCUGAUGAGUUAGGAACAUCAGCUGCAUCUGGUAACAACUGAAAACUCUUCCAAUUCAUCCAAAUCACUGGAAGAGAGCGGCCUGGUGUAAAACAAUCUGUGAAGAUGACGAGACGCAAAUCAAUAACAUGUACCAACGUCUUGGAUUUCGGAAUAUUGGUUUCCGUCAUACUUCGAAGAUUGUUCAAAACUCGAGAAAGAUUAACUCGCUAGGGAGGCUGGUUGUCAUUCUGGUCGAGGAUGUACUGAUCGUAUUAUGAUCCUAUGCUAAAUGUUAGAACGCCGUCAUACUUAUUAAAAUCCAACAAUCCUAGCAUUUCUUGAAAUCAGAACCGCCGUCGAUUAAGUUGAACAGGAUUGUUUUCUGGGUCUGUCUUUUGAAGAAGAGUGUGCCUGAGAAGUUUACUGACGAAUUGGCAUAGCCCUAUACACAGACGCCUCAAACGGAAUGAGGGCAUACGACCACCUCUAUCCACUGUUCCUUUCGAGCAAUGUGGUUAGGUGGUGUUGCCUAACCCCACCAUUUCUCUUCCCCUUUGCCAUCGAUGACGUACUGGAAACAGUUCUGAUGGAUAUAGGUGAUGGUGGUAUGGAUCUGUUACCUGGAGAAAAACCUCUCGACCUUGAGUAUGCGAGUGAUAUUUGUUUACUGUACGUUUACACACAAGCUAAACAAAUCGAACAUAGACAGUUGAUUAUAAAUGUCCUUAGGCAUGGCAUGUGUUUCUCAGCUUGUAAAUGCACAGUACUCUUAUAAGACUGACAAGAGCCUAUGGCUACACUCACUGUUGAUAGUGAGCAGUUAGAAUUAGUCGAACAGUUCGUGUGUUUGAGUGGUUGUGUAAGUGUUGGUCGUGGCGUGAGUGGUGAGAUGGAUCUAAAUAUAAUGAAAGACAGUGAGUGUUAUGUCAGUGUGAUCUAUCUUUGGCGUUUUAGUGAUCUUAGUUCGACCGUAAUAGUGAGUAGCGAAAAUAAUUGUUUUUAAUUCAACCAACGUUAAAUAAGAGUUAAUUAAUUGGUCUAAUAUACUAUUUAAUGAUAUUCCUUAGAUUAAUUAUUAUUUUGAUUCGAUAUAGAGUACAUAUCUGAGUAGUCGAGUUUCAGUAGAAUGGUAGUAUUGAGUAAAAUGCUUAAACUAGGAUAGGGGAAGCGAGAUUCUUAAAUACGACUGGUUAAUUAUAAAGAUUCAGAGACCUGGUUAAAAUUCUUAACCACUAUAAGAAUAUUGCAAAACUGCCACAACAGUGGAUGACAUACUUUCUUUCUCGUCUGUUCUCUGAAGAAAUGGGAGGCAGUCAAAAUGAAACUCAUUGGUCAGAUAUUUUAUGUUGAAUAUUAAUAGGAAACGUUUGAAGAUAAAAAAAAUAAUUGAGGAUAUAUUUGUCAAAUAUUCAUAAGUUAAACGAAUAUGUAGAUAAAUAAAACAUGCCAAUUGAAGUAUCGAUCAGGCUUCUGUUAAAGAUUUUAUUAAGGUUCUGAAUGAUAAAUUGACUCUGUGAAAAAUAUAUAAAACCUCACGUCGAAUUAUAGAUGAUGCAUGCCAUCUGACUUUAUUUCCAUAAUUUAUUUGUAUUGUUAUUUGAAGACAUAAAUAUUGGUGCAAGGGGGCACCAGAUAUAUGUGCGCCACACAAAACAAUGAGAAUGUGAAUAGGAAAAGAAAGCAAGGUGCGUAUAAGAAAAAAGUAACAAUAGCGAACACAGCUUAGUGUAUAGUAGUGUAAUGAGAAUAAUAAUAGUAAUAAUGGGGGAAACGGAAGGGUACAACCAGAAGAAUUCUUUCAGUUAAGGAAGAAACAAACAAUUUUAUUUGUGAAGAAAGUAAAAGAAGGUUACAGCAGGAUCACCAUUGGCUCCUAUUCUGAGCCAGAUCUGGUAACGUCUCUAGCCACUGUGUUGCACCAUCUCUCGGACCCCAACCAGGGAGUUGUGAAGGACCAACAGAAGUCAGCCGAACCUCUGCAUUAGUAACAUGGUGUUACCACUGGAUGUCAGCAAUCCUUCGGAGACAACGAUGAUCGAAUACAGAGAGUCGUUUAACGUCCUCAACUCGGAGAGGCCAGGUUUCACAAGCAUAGAGCGGAACUGCUCUCACCGACGCGUUGUAGAUCCGACCUUUUACAACCAGACUGACAUUAUGAAGACGCCAAAGAUGGUCCAGAUUGGCAUAAGCCGCUCUGGCUUUCACCAUACGUGCAUUGGUCUCAUCACUCACGCCACCACCAGCACCUGUGCAGCUACCUAGAUACACGAACUUCUCGACUACUUCUAUCUGCUCACCAUCCAGGGUGAGUAGAGGAUUACAGUCCUGCCAGUCUUGUAGAAGUACUUUGCACUUCGAAGGUGCAAAGCUCAUACCAUACCUACGGACACUGAUUGCCAACUGAUUAAGUGUGGAUUGUAUGGCUUGGGCAUUAUCGCACAGUAAGACAAUACCAUCGCAUAUUCAAGGUCGAGAAGUCUUUCUCCAGGCAACAGAUCCACACCGCCAUUACUUACAUCCAUCAGAGCUGUUUCCAGAAUGUUAUCGAUGGCAAGGUUGAAGAGGAAUGUUGAGAUUGGGCAAUUCUGUCUAACCCCACUGCUUGAAUGGGACAAUGGAGAGAGGUGGUUGUAUGCCCUCACUCUACCCGAGGUGUUUGUAUAUAGGGCUUUUAGGAUGUUAGUAAACUUCUCAGGCACACCCUUCUUCAAUAGAUAAUCCCAGAGAACAGUCCUAUCCAAUUAUUUUCCAUAAAAUUUGAAAGGAUUCAGAGUUGAACAUUAAAUUUUUUUUCAAAUAUUUGUACUAACAUGCAAACUUGAAAAAAGAUUUUUAUUUUAUUUUGAUAAUGUUAAUUAUUCAGAAAUGCUAUGUCCCGUCUAGACAUUCAAACAUUUAAUUUAAUUUAAACAGAUUACUAUAUUUUCAUCUGUUCGAAUCACUAAAUUAUUCAGGAAGUCGUAAAUAAUUCAAACCACCACAACGACAUCAAGGUGAUAUAAGAAUCAAAGAAGUCCUAAUAAUAGUAAUAGUAAUAAUAAUAUCACUCGUAGGAGAGCAUCAAAUGUAGAAUACAUUUGUCGAAUGGAAUGAAUAUAAUCAAGUUAUUAUAAGUGUGGAAUAAUUCUAUGAUCACAGUGUAUAGGAUGGUAAUGAAAGUAUACCGCUGCUAACAUUUCAAUAGUCAAUGACUUCAUAAGUCGGCUGUUGCAAAACAUCAAUCUAAAUUCUCUAGUAAUGAUCAACAAGAUAGUUUAGAAUUUCUACUCUUUUUAUUGGAUGGCCUACAUGAAGAUCUUAAUGAAGCUCGUUCAGAAAAAAACAAUGCAACAAAGCUUAAACACAAUGAAUCAAUGGUUGAAUAUACUUCUAGUCAUGAACAAGCAGAAGCUGCAUGGAUUCAACAUAAAGAUCUCAAUAAUUCAAUUAUAGUCUCUUCAUUUCAAGGACUUCUUCGUUCCACUGUGAAAUGUAAUAGUUGUCAUGUGACUUCUACAACAUUUGAUGUUUUCAUGGUAUUAUCCUUACCCAUUGAACAAAUUAAUAAAUGUCAAUUAACAGAUUGUCUCAAAUUAUUUCUUGAAAAAGAAGAAAUGGUUGGUCAGUGUCGUUGGCAUUGUCCAACAUGUAAUACAAGACGUGAUGCUUCCAAAUGGAUAGAAUUAUGGAAAUUACCGACAUAUUUAAUUAUACACUUAAAAAGAUUUCGAUAUGAAUAUGGUAAUUGGAGAAAACAAACAACCAAUGUAGAUUUUCCUAUUGAAUGUUUAGAUAUGAGUUCGUUUAUUGUUGGCCCAAAAUUGCAUUCUAGUGAAUACGCUUUAUAUUCUGUUUUGAAUCAUCGUGGUACAAUGGAAAGCGGUCAUUGUAAGUGAAGUAGACUGUGUUUUUCUACCAUUAAGACCUAGUCAAAUAUAUGUAUAUUACUUACCCGACAAACAAAAAUAUUAUUGGGGUGUUGUACAUUAGGAUUUUGAUUAUUGAAUUACUAUUUUAAUCAUACCAUUUGAUUACUAUCAAAGGGAAGUUACUAUUUUUGGCGUAGGCGUUUAUUUGUUCAUACAAAGUAUUGAUUGGUCAAAACAUAUGUGCUUUGUUGAAGUUUACCCACUUUUAUCUAACUGAUCUGUUCACAUCCUUUUUAACUAGAUUAAUCAGGACAUUAUAUUCUGUUGAGGCUCGACAACCAGAUUCUCAUUGCUUUCAGUUACCUUCAUGUUAAUUAAACUGAUUGAAUGUUAAUCAAAAUCAUGAACAUCUUGCAUACAUACGCUAUACCGCUGUGCUUUAGUGUGAUGUUGCGGAAGAUGUGUUGGCCUCGUGGGUUCCAGAGACUCAGCUUUCAUCACGUGAUGUGAUAACUCUCCCAUCUGAAUACUGUCUUCCCAGAGCAAAGUUUUCUCUUGUUAGUAACUACGUAAAAGGGUUCCUUUUAACAAGAUGAGAUUACUAAUCAUACUCUCAAUCCACAGUCUGGGCCUUGGUCCGGCGUCACCUCCAAGGAGAGUUUCCAGUUAAGUUAGUUAAAAUCUUACUUCACAGACGAUGCUUUCAGAAGAUUAUCUGUUGUCUAUUGCUUUAUUGUAGAUACAACAUUUUGUCGUAACAUCCGUGACGGUCGGUGGUAUGAAUAUGAUGAUGAAAAUGUAUCUUUAUUAGAUAAAAAUGAAAUACAAAAUGAUAAUGCUUACAUAUUGUUCUAUGAAUUACUACCUCGUGUUGGUGUAUUUUUCGAAAAUACACAUAGUAUGCUCCGAUGAGUUGUUCUAAAUUGAUUUGUUAUUUAUUUAUAAUAUAUAUUUUUACUUUUCAGUAAAUAAGAACACAAUUUAUCACGUUAAUUUUUUGUUUGUUUCAACAACCAGAUGUAUAUCUACAUAUUUUUUACCACUAAUAUUUAAUAAAAGAUAAAUUCUUAUCAUUUUCUGGAAA